CUCCCCUCUUUCCAGCCGGAGGUAUCAAACCUGCUUGGUAGGCAAUGCGAAAUCAUGCAGGAAUUCUCUAACCCACUGGAAAGGGGUGUGUGUGUUUGAUUGAUUUAUUUAAAAAAAGGGGGGGUCUCAUUAGCACCCGUAUAAAGAGACUCUCCCCCCCAGCCUUCUGUUUAGGAGCAGGUGACAUCACUUCCUUCCCGGCCUCCUCCUUAGCAUUCCCCCCGCCCCUUUCUCCAAAGUCUACGAUGCGUCUCUAUUCAGUUCCACAUGCAAAGAGAAGUCCUUCAGGCUCCCCCAUCCAAGGACGUUGGCCGGGUGUCCGCAAGAGCUCCCUUUGCGUGGGGUUCCCCCCACCCUACCCCACCCACUCCCUCUUUUACUCCUUUCUGGGAUCUCCUUGCCUUCUCCCACCCAAACCCACCGCCCCAAAGAGGGGCGAGAGAGGCAGCUUCGCUGAGGAUUUGCACCAUGGUUUAUCUGGAAGCGUCGCUUCUGCUCUUUUUCCUCUGCCAAGCAUUUUCGAUGCCCGUACCUACUCAGCUGUCCAAGGACGAUGAAACGGUGGUUAAAUGCAUCUCGGAAAUCUUAGCAGACGCCCUGUCCAGAUCCAGCCCAAUGCCGGUGACCAGCAACUGCAUGAAGAUCUUGAGGGAGGACGACAGAGUCCUGACGAUGCUCCAUCAUCGGCAUCUGCUGACGGAGUUGGAGGAACUCGCCCAUCAAGAAAAUACAAAGCAUCUCCUGGCCCAGGAAACGGACCACAGUUCUCGGGACGGAAAGCAACAAGGAGAACUCAAGAAGCGGGAAGAGCCUGCCCAACAGAAGGAAGCUGCCCCUGAGAAGAGGGAAGAGCACGCUGGUGAAACGAAAGAAGAGGAGAAGAAGGACGAGGAGGAGAAGAAGAAGGAAGAGGAGAAGAAGAAGGAAGAGGAGAAGAAGGAUGAGGAGGAGAAGAAGGACGAGGAGAAGGAAGAGGAGAAGAAGGUGGAGGAGAAGAAGAAGAAGGAAGAGGAGAAGAAAGUGGAGAAGAAGAAGGAAGAGGAGAAGAAGGACGAGGAGGACAAGAAGAAGAAGGAAGAGGAGGAGAAGAAGAAGAAGGAAGAGGAGAAGGAGGAGGUGACGAAGAAGGGUGAAAAAACUGAAGACCCAAAGGAGAAAACUGAGGUCUCUCAAGAGGAAGAACUUCGAGAUGCUUUGAAAGAACAGGAGGAAGAGGAGGAGGAGGAGGGAGAUAUAAAGAAGAGGACCUCCUCAGAGACGUGGCACUCCAAGGAAUAUUUUGGCCACGUCAAGAGAAGAGGUUCUAGGCCGCCCAAAAUCAGAAAGGGAGACGAAGAAGGCCAGGAGAGGCCGGAAAUGGGCAAGAGACACUUUAGGAUGGAUGAGGAAGAGAGGGAUGGCGCCUCAGAAGAAGAGAAGAAGAAAUACCAUCCUGGAGGACACAGCGAUGAUGAGAAGUGGGAGGGAGAAGAGAGGAGAUCUGCCGUGGCCAAGAGGGUGGCGGAGAAGGCCAGCGACGAGGAGACUGCGCAGUUUGAAGAGGAAGAACAAGCGAAGGGUCUUAAAAGCUCCAAGUCCAAGGCCCACCUCCAUAAAGGGUUGAAGACACGGCAGGAAGAAGCAGAGGAAGAGGAGGAGGAGGAGAACCACAACAAGGCGAGACACGGCCACCACCAUCCAUCGGUUGACUUGGACCUCAAGAUGAGGUAUUGGAAGGAUCAGGUGGAUCUGAGGGGCAGACACCACACUCCUGAGGAGGAAGAGGAAGAGGAGGAGGAGGAAGGAAAGCACUCCAGGAAGAGGAAGGUUGGUAUCAAGGCAGAGUCACUUUGGGUACCCGUCAGCUGGUUUGAUUUAAAAAAAAAAAAAAAAAAGAGGCUUCAAAUAAGUUUUGAUGGCUUCUGCUUUCAAAAAAUAAAAAAUAAAAGGAAAGAGAAAGGAAAAUAAAACAGAAAAAUAAAAGGAGCUGGGAAGAUCCAGGAGGAAGUGAAGAUUUAGGUGCCUAAAAACUGUUUUCUCCUAAAUAUGGAUACUUUAGGAUAGGGGUCUCCAACCUUGGUGAUUUUAAAACUUAAAAUCACACCCAUCUUAAAGUUCAAUGUCAUGAUAGCCAGGGAAUUCUGGGAGUUGAAGUCCACCCAUCUUAAAGUUCAAUAGCUUACUGGCUGGGGAAUUCUGGGAGUUGAAGUCCAGAAGUUGUAAAAUCCCCAAGGUUGCUCUCCCCUGCUUUAGGAGCCAAUGGUCAGAGCUCUUUUGUCCUCCUCACCACGAUUGAUUCGCUUCGUAACUGCGGCCAAAAGGCUCACAAACUCGGCCGCGUCUCACUGAACAACUCCUUCGCUUAACGAUGGAAAUCCCGGUCCCAAUUCUGGUCGUACAUUUGAGGACUACCUCCACCCUGACAUAGUCUUCUCCAUAGGUUGUUUACCAGGGCCCUUUGCCCUCUAAAAACAUCUUUCCUCAAUUUGGGAAUGUCAGGGGAGCCUUAGAAGUUCUCAGCUAAACAGUCUGGGGAAUUGUGGGAGUUGAAGUCCAGGCAUCGGAGGACGGAGACGACAGUACAAAUGCGAGAUAAGUUCCUCUUUGGGCUUUUUUUUAACCAAUUCUUUUUUUUACCUCGCGUGUUGCUUUUCUCUUAGGCUCCGGAGGUGGACAAACUGGAAGAGAUCGAGCGGGAGUUGAAGUGGGCUGCUGACAAGCUAGGAGAACUGAAGAAGGGCUAAAUCCUGCGGCCGACUCAGGAGCUGGGGAGGGUAGGAGAAAUCCCAGCUAUCAAGUAGCCUUCUAUCAGCCCCCCCCCCACCCCCACUUUCUCUCUUGACCCUUGUAUUCAGCUUGGCUUUAGACUGUUAAACUAAGUUUUCCCGUGCUUACAAUGAUAAUAAAGAAGAGAAUAUUUGUAGCUCAGGGUUGUUGGAAUCCCGAGCCAUCUCUGACCUUGGUGGUUUUCUUGAAGAUGUUUUGUGACCAAACUAGGGAACAUGAUCAGCGCUAGAAAGAGUGGGGUAUGUGGAGAGGAGGAAAAGGAGGAGGAGGAGGCGGAGAACUGUGGGGGUCCGUGGGGGUCUUCUGUGCUUCUGGUGGACGUUUCAUUACCCAGCGAAGUAACAUCUUCAGGACUAGAAGGGAAUGGGGUUUGCUCUCUGUUUCUAUUCAAGUGGUUUGGCCUGUCCGCGUUGGUGGUUUCUUGUGAGAUCCUUGGUGCUCUUUGAGCGUGGAGGUUUUCUUGCAGAUGUUUCAGGACCCAGCUAAGUAACAUCAACAGUGCUAGAAGGAGGGGGGUGUUUUGCUCCCUUGAUAUUUCCUUGAUAAGGCUAAAGGAAUUUGGUGGGAGGAACUACCAACUCAGACAAUUAACUACAGUCUAACAACCAAAGUAAAUAACAAAGGUAAGGGACGCAGCGGUUCAGUCGUUAAGACGCUGAGCUUGUUGAUCGAAAGGUCGGCAGUUCAGCGGUUCGAAUCCCUAGUGCUGCCGUGUAACGGGGUGAGCUCCCAUUAUUUGUCCCAGCUUCUGCCAACCUAGCAGUUCGAAAGCACGUAAAAAAAUGCAAGUGGAAAAAUAGGGACCAUUUUGGUGGGAAGGUAACAGCGUUCCGUGGCAUUGAGUCAUGCCGGCCACAUGACCACGGAGACGUCUUCGGACAGCGCUGGCUCUUUGGCUUUGAAACGGAGAUGAGCAGCGCCCCCUAGAGUCGGGAAUGACUAGCACAUACAUGCGAGGGGAACCUUUACCUUUAAUAACCAAAGAAUGACCAAAAACACUCCCACCAACACCGAAGCCACUUGUAUAUAAACAGACAGCAAACACCAUUCCCUUCUAGAGCUGAUGACACUAUCUAGUUGGGUCAUGAAACGUCUGGAAGAAAACCAGACCACAGUCUUCCUCCUCCUCCUCCUCUCCACACUCCCUUUUCAUACUGAUGUUACCUAGUUGGGUCAUGAAACGACCAUAAGAAAGCAACCAAGUUCAGAGAGCGUCAAGGACCGCAACAAAUAUCCGCCUGACUUGCCUUUCGUCACAAAACAAGGCGUCCCUUUUACUUCCCAGGUAAAGAGCUCAAUCUGGCUACAGGAGACUGUUUUCCCACUCACCACCGUCCUCAGAUCUCUGCUUGCUACUGCCAGGAUAGCUUUGAUCGCCUCCUAAAAGCUUAGUGCUACCCGUGUAUUUUAUUAUGUAUUUUCGAUUACAAACACUUUAAAUGGCUGGCAGACAAGUUUGCACUGCAAUUUUUUUCUACGUCGCAAUUCCAGGGAUAGUCAAACGGGAACAAGGCUGUCUUUUCUGUGUCUUGCAUCGAGAUAAAAAUAUAUAUAUAUUAGUUUAAUCCGGGUUUUUCACUUUUUGGCAACUGGAAGAUGGGUGGGAUUUUAACUCCCAGAAUUCCCCAGCCAGCAUGAAUUGAAGUCCACCCAUUUUCAAGUUGCCACGGGUGAAGAAGAAAAAAAAAAGCAACAACUAUCAGGGGCUCCCAUAAUCUUAAAUUUCCACUCGUAAUAGGGGUGACCUGUGGCACCUCAGUAUUUUGCUGUUGUAAGCUUGCCUUUUUCCUAACUGCUGCAGUCGUUCUGCUGCACCGUUGCAUCAAAUGUAUUUUGAAUCUGCACACACUGCAAAUAAAAAUAAUUGCCUAAGACAAGGUUUGCUGUGCCUGUGUGUGAGCUGGUGGUGUCUCCAAGACAGCUGUUCCAUUGUGCUCCGGCAUCCGGUGAAUUCACCUCUCUUCCUCCAGCUUAUUUUGGUGGAUCGAGUUGCUUUUGGCUUCCAUUUUACACACACACAUUAAGAGGGACGUGUCCCUGCCUCCAGUUAGAAGAGCUAGUUUGGUCUAGUGGUGAAGGCGGCAGGUUAGAAAGUGGGAGACGGGGAGUUGUAGUCCUGCCUUAAGCGUGAAAGCUGGCUUGGUGACUUUGGGCCGAUCACCAGGAGACUGAGUUCUAGUCCCGCUUUAGGCAUCAAAGCCAGCUGGGCGACUUUGAGCCAAUCACCAGGAGACUGGGAGUUCUAGUCCCUCCUUAGGCGUGAAAGCUGGCUGGUAACUUUGAGCCAAUCACCAGGAGACGGUGAAUUCUAGUCUGGCCUUAAAUAUAAAAGACAGCUGGAUGACUGGGCCAAUAACCAGAUGGUGACUUCUAGUCCCGCCUUAGGCAUGAAAGCCAGCUGGGUGACUUUGGACCACUCACCGUCUCUUAGCCCAACCAACCUCACAGGGUUGUUGUGAGUAAAACUCACCAGGUUCAAGGUCAACUCAGCCUCCCAUCCUUCCAAGGUGGGUCAAAUGAGGACCCAGAUUGUUGGGGGCAAGAUGCCGACUGCUUAGAGAGGAUUGUAAAGUGCUAUUGCUAUUUUCAGAUCCAAAGCAGAAUAAGUUGCCAGUCUGGGUUGGUCUCAGACCUCUUCUUUAAUGACACCCUCCUUGGAGACUAAGAUGUAAAAUUUUCCUUGUACAUUUCUGUCCAUUCAAGGGGCGUUCAACGCAAUUAUGGGAGGGAUUGCUGCUGGAUUGCCAGAUUUUCGAUAGCUGAGGUGCAUUUGCUUUUUAUUUAUUUAUCCCCUCUUUUUUAUUUUUACAACUAAGACAGCGAGCAUAUCAACACACCUUCCUCUUUAAUUCGAACUGCCAAAUUGCAGGCAGCCGGCAGGCAGCAGAAGUAGCCUGCAGUACUGCACUCUAACCACUGCGCCACGGUGGGAUGGGGUGUGUGUGUUGAUUUGUGGGUUCUCCCAUCCGAGUCUGAUGCCGCUGAACUUUCAGGCAGGGGUUGCUGGCGCCAGCAGCA